AUGGGCCGAAGUGGUUUGGGCCGGCACAGUGGCACUAGUCAUCUGAGCCGACACAGCAAGAAACUCAGGCGGCCGUCCUGCCAAACUGAUUGUGAAUUGAAGCGCCGGGCGCCGGCAAGCAGUCGGCUCUCCGCCUCUCCCUAUCCUUGUCCCCAAACCCCGAACUCCGCGGCGAUAGCAACCAUGGUCAUGACUCCUCCGCCGAAACGCCUGUGCGGCCGCUCGCUGCUGGAUCUGCCCGACGACCUCAUCCCUGAGAUCCUCCUCCGCCUCCCGCCGCACGAUCCUAGGCGCCUCGUUCGCUGCUCGGCCGUCUGCAAGCCCUGGCGCCGCCUCCUCACCGACCCCGCCUUCCUUCGCCGCUAUCGCGCGUUCCACGGGGUGCCGCCCAUGCUGGGCCUCCUCUUCCACCUGGAACUCCCCAGCAAUCGUUUCCUCGCUCGGUUCGUCCGCACCACCUCCUUCCGCCCUCGCACCCUCGACCACGCCGGCUGCUACGUGCGCGACGCCCGCCACGGCCGCAUCCUCUUCAGAAACGUCACCGGCGAGGAGAAUGACCAUGACCUCUUCGUAUGGAGCCCCGUCACGGAUGAGGUGUGGGGGCUGUACAUGCCGUGCCCGUUCUACUAUUGGAACGUGGCGGUGGUCUGCGCUGCGGCCGCGCGCGAAGGGGGCUGCGACUGCGACCACCUCGACUGCCACGGCGGGCCCUUCCUCGUCGCAUUCGUGGACACCGACGACGAUGGGAUGACGUACGCCCGCGUCUACUCCUCGGAGACCGGAGCCUGGAGCGACGCGACCUACGCUCAACACCCCAAUGGCCUCGCGGACAUGGACAUGCUGGAACCCAUCGCGCUUGUGGGAAAUAGGAUCUACUUCCCCGCUGCACAGAGCAAGACCAUCGUGGAGUACGACUUGGGUCGCCGGAAACUCGCAUUUGUCGACCCGCCGUUACCGCACCAAGGUCACGGUAUCCUCAUGCCGGCAAUGGGCGGUGGUCUGGGGUUCGCCAGUGUGCGGGGGUCCCGCCUCUACCUGUGGUCGAGAGAGAUCGCCGGUUCCGACAGAACUGCGGCGGCAUGGACGCAGAGCAGGGUCUUGGAACUCAGCACACUGCCCGAUCGCGAGACUCGUGUCCCCUUGAACCAACCAACUGCGCUUGGCUUCACGGAGAUCUUGAUGGAGGAAGAUAUGACUGCUGUUGGCUUUGCGGAGGGCCUCGGCGUCAUCUUCGUCACGACAAGUGCUGGCGUCUUCGCGAUUAACCUGGAGUCAGGCCAAGUCAAGAAGAUGUCCGGCAGAAGGCCCGUCCCUGACGUUGUCAUUCCUUACAUGAGCUUCUAUACUCCAGGUAAUUUCUAG